AGGGCGCUACCAUCAUCCUCUCCCGCUUCCUCGCCCUCGUCGUCAGCAAGUACUAGCAGGUGCUAUUUGACCGCGUUUAAGAUCAGUUCGUGUGUACUCAUUCGUCGCAUUGAACAGUCUGUUUUCACUUUCUGACUGGCAUCUGGUGAUCUGCAAGCCACGACGUCAUUUACGCUGUAUUGCGACAAAAAUGCAGUACCAUUUGCCACUAUUUUUAAUAGCUUUAAUAUUACAAACAUCGGUCGCACCACCUGUGUCGCAACAAAAGAAGGAUGGGGAUAAGGAUAAAGAGAACGAGGUCGAUGACAUGGAAAAUAUAGGAAACGAAUAUCAGGUAGAAUAUAACAGAUAUUUAAGGGAAGUAGUGCAAGCUUUGGAAACUGACACGAAUUUCCGCGCAAAAUUAGAAAAGGCUAAUGAAGAUGAUAUACGUACGGGAAAAAUAGCACACGAACUACAGUUCGUGGAUCACAAAGUCAGGACAAAGUUGGACGAAUUAAAACGAGAGGAAUUGGAAAGACUGAGACAUCUUGCUACCAAAGAGCAUAAUCUAAUAAAUGGUCUAGAUCUGAAUCAUUUGAAUAUAGCAGAUCAUUUGGAUCAUUCCAACACACAUACGUUUGAGAUAGAUGAUUUAAAAAAAUUGAUUGCCAAGACUACGAAAGACUUGGCGGACGCUGAUAAACGAAGACGCCAAGAGUUUAAAGAAUAUGAGAUGGAAAAGAAAUUUGACGAGGAACAAAAGAUGAAGGGUAAUACUGGUAUGAAAGAAGAAGAGAGAAAGAAAUAUGAAGAGGAACUAGAAGCGAUGAAAAAGAAACAUAGAGAUCACAAACCAUUACAUCAUCCUGGUAGCAAGCAACAACUGGAGGAGGUAUGGGAGAAACAAGAUCAUAUGGAAGACCAAGAAUUUAAUCCUAAAACGUUCUUUUAUCUUCAUGAUGUAGAUGGUAAUGGUUUCUGGGACCAAGAUGAGGUGAAAACUCUAUUUCUGAAAGAAUUAGAUAAACUUUACUCUGAAGGUGCUCCAGAAGAUGAUAUCUUUGAAAGACGUGAAGAAAUGGAAAGAAUGAGAGAACACGUGUUUAACGAAGCUGAUCUUAAUCACGAUGGUCUAAUAAGUUAUCAAGAGUUUUUGGAACAGACAAAGAAGCCCAAUUUCCAACAGGACGAAGGAUGGCAAGGAUUGGAUGAACAACAGAUGUACUCUAAGGAAGAAUAUGAAGUUUUCCAGAAACGUAGACAAGAAGAGAUACAAAACAUGAUUGCCAAAGGAAUGUUACCACCACCCCCUGAUUCUGCACAUCUACCUGUUCAUGAACAGUUUCCACCACAAUACCAACAGCAGCUUCAAUCCCAGCAGUAUCAUCCGCAACAAAUACAAUCUUCACAGCAAUAUUCAGGACAGAUAUCACCACAACAACCGAUAGGCCAUGUGCCACAGCAAUAUCAGGGACAAAUGCCACAGCAACAAUUCUAUCAGCCUCCGCCACAGCAACCUUAUCCUGGUCAGAUUCCACAGCAGCAUCAAUAUCAAGCACAGCAGCCACAGUAUCAAAUGCCAGCAGUACCGCAGCAGCAACAGUUCCAAGCUCAACCACAAUAUCAGGGCCAGCCACAACAAGCUCAGCAACAAUUCCAGAGCCAGCCUCAACAAGUUCAACAACAAUCUCAAGGCCAACCUCAUCAGAAUCAGCAGCAAAAGCAACAGCAGAUGCAAAAUCAAGUGCCACAGAAUACUCAGAAUACUGAGAAUAAUGCCCCAUCGAACAAUCAAGGAGUUGCACAACCCAGCCACAAUCUUCCAGAAAAUCCAAAAUCCAUUGAACAGCAAAUUAGUCAGAACAUUGUACCAAAAGUGCAGAAGGUGUAGAUAACGCAGAACGCCGACCAUAUAAAUGUAUGGUAAAAGUGUUCUUACUUUAUUUCAUUGUAAAUCGAUAAAAAUAUAGGACAAUUCGAUUGUUUCCGAUUCAAAGGGGUUAUAUAAAUUUUUUUUUUAAUUUGUAAUUUUAGAAAAUGCAAUUUUUUUUAAUUUUAGAAGGUACAAAUAUAGGUAUAC